AAAUCCCUGACACUCAACACCACUAAUUCUUCUCUGCAGUUGCAAUCAGAAAACCCCCCUUUUUUUCUCUCUUAUUAGUUUCCAGUUUUCUUUCACUGCGAGCUUCUGCUCUGAGUUUCUGAGCAUUCCUUUGCAGUUUCUUCAGAAGGGCCUUUCUCUGCCUUUACUCACUCAACUUUACUCACAUGGGUGCAGAGGUUCCACAAUCUGAACCAACAAUGUCAAACAUCACCUCCAACGGGGCAGCAGCCAACUCGGUGUUUCAACUCAGCGUGAAGCAACUCGGAGAGCCAACUCUGGUAACUCCGGCGGAAGAAACCGACAAGGGCCCGUACUUCCUCUCCAACCUCGACCAGAACGUCGCCGUAAGCGUACGUACAAUCUACUGCUUCAAGUCUGAGGAGAGAGGCAACGAGGACGCCGGAGAAGUGAUCAGGAAUGCUCUGAGAAAAGUUCUGGUUCAUUACCACCCACUCGCCGGCCGGCUGACGAUCAGCUCGGAAGGAAAGCUGAUUGUAAACUGCGGCGGAGAAGGAGCGGUGUUCGUGGAGGCGGAAGCUAACUGCGGCAUCGACCAGAUUGGUGAUAUAACGAAACCCGACCCGGAAACUCUGGGGAAGCUGGUUUAUGAGGUGCCUGACGCCAAGAAUAUACUGGAGAUUCCUCCUCUUGUUGCUCAGGUCACCAAAUUCAAGUGUGGAGGCUUUGUUCUGGGAUUAUGCAUGAACCACUGCAUGUUCGAUGGAAUCGCAGCAAUGGAGUUCGUCAACUCAUGGGGUGAAACAGCCAGAGGAUUACCACUUUCAGUCCCUCCAUUCUCCGACCGAACCAUUCUCAUAUCCCGAAACCCGCCGCAAAUCCACCACCUCCACCAAGAAUUCGCCGAGAUUCACGACAACUCUUCCCCCGGCGCCGGCGCCGGCGACGACAUCUACAACCACCAAUCUAUGGUCUACAGCUCCUUCUGUUUCGACCCAGACAAGCUCAAAAAACUCAAGGCGACCGCCAUGGAAGACGGAGCUCUCGACAACUGCACCACCUUCCAAACCCUCUCAGCAUUCGUCUGGAAAGCUCGAACCAAAGCGCUUAAAAUCCGCCAUGACCAACAAACCAAGCUCCUUUUCGCCGUCGAUGCGCGGUCCAAGUUCAAUCCUCCACUCCCCAACGGCUACUUCGGAAACGGAAUUAUCUUGACGAGCUCCAUUUGCCAAGCCGGCGAGCUCCUCGAGAAGCCAUUAUCGUUCGCCGUCGGACGUGUUCAGGAAGCGAUCAAGAUGGUUGCGGAUGGGUACAUGAGAUCCGCCAUUGAUUACUUUGAGGUGACGAGAGCAAGGCCGUCGCUGGCGUCGAGUUUGGUGAUCACGACGUGGUCGAGACUGGAGUUUCACACGACGGAUUUUGGGUGGGGUCAGCCGGUUCUGUCAGGUCCGGUGGCGUUGCCGGAGAAGGAGGUGAUCUUGUUUCUGUCUCACGGGAAAGAGAGAAGGAGCAUUAAUGUUCUUCUGGGUUUGCCGGCUCCCGCCAUGAAAAUCUUUCAAGAAAUUAUGCAUAUAUAGAUUUUAUAACAUAUAUAUAUAUAUCACGAUAGAAGAAGCAGAGAUCGAUCUGUUUUUCUUUUUCAUUUCAUCAAUUGGUUUUGUUGUUUGUUACUGUCUAAGAUUCAAUAAUUUGUUUGAAGUUUGGUGGGUUGGUUCAUGGAUGUUGAUCGUGGUUAAAGAAAAUACAUGCAUGGCCAAAGCAUAUUCAUGUAUACG